AUGGGUGAAUGGGACUUGCUGGGCCGGCUGCUGGACAAAGUGCAGUCCCACUCCACAGUCAUAGGGAAGAUCUGGCUAACUGUCCUGUUUGUCUUCAGGAUCCUGGUCCUUGGGGCCGGGGCAGAGAAGGUGUGGGGGGACGAGCAGUCAGACUUCGUCUGUAACACAGACCAGCCGGGAUGUGAGAACGUCUGUUAUGACCACGCUUUCCCCAUCUCACACGUCCGUUUCUGGGUGCUUCAGAUCAUCUCCGUUUCCACCCCAACCCUGGUGUACCUGGGCCAUGUCCUCCACAUCAUCCACGUAGAGAAGAAAGUCAGGGAGAAGAUGAAGAAGCAAGCACAGGAUGAGCAGGCCAAUGACUUCCUGAAGAAAGGCUACAAAGUCCCCAAGUACAGCAACGACAAUGGAAAGAUUAACCUGCGUGGCCGUCUGUUACGCAGUUACGUGCUGCACGUACUGGUGAAGAUCCUUCUAGAGGUGGGGUUCAUCGUGGGACAGUACUACCUGUAUGGCUUCACCCUCCAGGCCCGCUUUAUCUGCGUUCGCUUCCCCUGCCCUCACAAGGUGGACUGCUUCCUGUCCAGACCCACAGAGAAAACUGUCUUCAUCUGGUUUAUGCUGGUGGUAGCCUGUGUGUCUCUACUCCUCAACCUCAUUGAGCUCUUUUACCUGUUUGUCAAAUCGGUCAAAGAGUGUCUGGACAGAAGGCAGGAAUACACGGUGACCCCGGUCACCCCUGUCCUGGAGAGGAAGGCCUUUGAGAACAAAGACCAGAUGAUCCAGAACUGGGUCAAUCUGGAGUUGGAGCUGCAGGGGAGGAAGCUGGGCAGUGGGGUGGCGAAAAGUGUGGCUUCUGAGGAAAACACUGCUAACAUGGGGGAAGUCCACAUCUAAGGU